AUAGUUGGAGGCACGGCCUGUGAAUUGCGUCGAAGAGCAUGAUUGGCUACAUUUAAUUAUUUUUUUAUUAUUAUCUUCAAACUUUCUACCUGAGAGGUGUUAAUGUUGACAAAAACAAAUAUUUUCCUUUGUGCUCUUUAAAUUCACGUAUAUCAAGGCAGUGAUUAAGCCUGUUGUCGUUGUAAGAAUUAAUCGUGUCGUACUCACUGGGGAUUCCGAAAGUUAUUCGCUUCUGUAAACGGUCGUUAGCAUAAAUAAUUUUGGGCAUUUUGAACAAGUUAUCCUUGCAGGCAGAUCUACCUGUUUAGAAGGAUAAGUUCAUAGCUUUUGAGAAUUAGAAUUUGCUGAACCCAAACUUACCAUUCUUCGAAUUUUAUCAGUCUGCGUAAACGGUACCUGCAGGCGAACGAAAAAGCAAGGAAAUGUCAAUUGACCAUACACCUUCCGCGUUAUAUGUGACACUUUGAAACGCCGAUAAUUACGACAACGCUGUGUUUCUUUCUUUUUUUUUACUUGGUGCCAUUGGUGAGAUUACCAUUUCAAUGAGUGCUGGUCUUCUCUUUAACAGCUGCUGCUGUCAGAAAAGGAGCCUACGGUGGCUCGUUGAAGAGGCUUCUGAAAACACCCCUUCCGGAAGGGAAGUCUGAAAGGAAGGACCGAGCUUCAGCGAGAAGAUGAUUUGGUUUAUUUAUUUCGGACGCCGACAGAGCUCGCGCUUCGGGCAGCGCCGGAGGUGGAGCUGGACGUCGGGCGUCGACGGGAAGUCCCCGCAAGGGGACGCAUCGCCUCGCUACUACCGAAACCACCGAGCUGUGUUUUAGCCACGAAGACACCGCCUCAGCAUGCGGCCCGUUAGACGCAGCCGGGCAAGUCUGGGAGACACGUUCUGGCGUUUUGAGUGCCACGAAGGACACAGCGUGUCGGCAGGCAGGCCGCCCGGAAACUCAUAGACGUUGCUGGGCAGCUACACAUCGAGACGUAAAGGAACUACUGCCUCUUACUAAUCAAAGUGAGAGAGAGAGAAAAACCACGAUAAUUAGUCAAAUCAUCGACCCUGUUUAGCAUUGUAUCGUGUGUGCAUGUGACACGCCAAAACAAUCUUCCUUUCAUCAUCGUCGUCAUUGCCUAUUGACCAGUCGUGAUCUCGUCUGCCAAGAGUCACCGCCAGAGCUCAAGCGUUCGACUCGAGAGCACCUCUUCCGAUUCGUGCCUGCGUUUGUCGGCCCGUCGAGUUCAAACUUUUUUUUUGUCGUGCGCAUUGCUCAAGAAAACGGCGCAGGCCACGAAGUGGAGACAAAAAGUGCCAGUCGGUACAGAGCUUCCUCGAAGGUCCAGACUGCUGGGAAGGGACCCUCUCAGCUUUCUACAAGUGGAGAGUCAGCGGUUCCAUCGGUACAAGCCAAGUGUUCUGUUUAUUGCAUUCGCUAAACAGGCGACGGUUUUCGUCAAGCUUACAGAAACAGCAGCGUAACAAGGUCCCAAAGAAAGCCGAUCAGAAGUCGAUCUGUUGUGGUAGCGGCUGUUUCUGGGGCGUAGAACGACAAAUGACUUUUCUUCUUUGGCGAUCGCCGACUAAUGGACUGGAACGAGGCUAGCCGGCCUAACUGAAGAAAGACACAAAACCUGCACGAACAACCAUCGCGCUUUGGCAGUCCCUCGCGGGGUGGAGACGGCGCCGAGAAAAUACGCCUCAGUGCUCCUCUUCCGACAUCGCGCAACAAUGCCGCCAGCCUCAUUGCAGAAGCCGAUCUAAACAGCUUCCAUUCAAGCCAGCCGAAGCUCUCCAAAAUUGUCGACGACAACUAGACGAGCCUUCUUUGUUGGCACCGGCUCUUCCCAAAUGCGCCCCUUUUCGUUCUCGUGAUUCGCUCGCGGGCUUUCCUUUUUUUUUUACCCAUUCAAAGCAAAACACGGUAAAGUUCGAGCCGAACUGUGUUUUCGCUUAGUUUAUUGUUCUCAAAGGCGAGUUUCUUCUCACGCGACGCCCGCGAGUGGUGUUUCUCGUUACUGUACCCGCCGGGUUUGUGCUUCCCGCGCGACAGUGUGUGGCGUUAGAACUCGCCCGAGGGUGUGCCGGCCGCGAGACGUCGGGUCCGCACCCGAGCCAAGGCCGUCACGCUGUGGACUCUAUACACGCUCCACCUGGUCUCGCAACCAGCUCGAGCAGCCGCAGCUGCCGCGGUCGGAGCGCCGGCGAGCCGAAACCCCGCGGGCGGCAACAACGCCGGCGGCGGCAGCGCACCGCCGACGCGACAGUCGAUCCCGCUGCGCGAACUGACUCCGUUCGACGUGCCGUUCGUGCCCGUCCCCACACCGCCGCCGCGUCGUGCCAAUAACCAGCUGCCAAAUCGCGGCUGCCUAACGCUGAGCCAGCGGCCGUACUCCACGCUAAACCGCCACGCCACGUUCGCUGAACCCGUGGCAGAAAUGGCGGGGACGAGCAGCAGCGGAGGCGGUAGCGGCAGCAGCAGCAGCGUCCAACCCCCGCGAACGCUGCCCCCGACGCCCCGCUUCAAGAGCUUCAGCUCAUCUUGCCUGCACAGCCCGACGACCGAGCUGCACACGUACUCGGACGUGUCGCCCACGGACUUGGCGACGACGCCCACGUGGCAGGAGCGGCCGGCGUCCCGCUUCGUGUUCUCCAUCUCGCCGCCCAGGGCCUCCUCCUGCCUGGGCAACCAGAGCCCCCAAGAGUACCGGCCCCUCUGUGCGGCGUCCGGUGACGGUGAACGCGCCAGGGGCGGCAGGGGGGUGCGUAGCGGAGGGCUCGGCACAGCGACCAAGGAGGACGAAGACGAGGACGUGAGUCGCAAGGCGCGCUGGAUCAUCAUCACUACCGCCGUGUCGCUCUUUGUGAUGAGUGUGCUGCUGGUGGGCAUCAUGCUCCGGCUGGCUCCUGUCAUCGACGACCUUGUGAGGAAAGAGAACGAAAACCUGUUCCGGCUACCGACGUCCACGGCCGCCACCACCACGACAGGAAGCACCGUGACGGCGACGGCUACCACAACGUUCGCGUCGGACAACGCGACGCUGACCGCGCCGCCGGUGGCCGUCGGCUGACCCCGCCGCCUGGCCCUGACGUAUGGUUGGUCCGAGUGCCACCACCGCCAUCACCACCACCACAAUCGCCACAGGAGAUGUUCGUUACUGCUUCGGGACGACGUCGGGAAGAUUCGGAAGGACCGCUACACAAUGAUUCGUGGUUUAGCUGAGGUUCGUUGCCUCAGACGAGGAAGGUGCGGAAUGCAUGCAUAGCUUGACCAAACGUGGCUUCGCCUGUCCAGCGGCGGAGAACCGGAACAUCUGUAGCAUACUCGCUACCUGUUAGAAAUCACCCCCAUCUUUCGCUAUCGCAGGGAUUCACACGAUAUCACUGCAUACUCUUCUUUUUACUUUUCUUAUUGUGUUUAUUUGUAAUCUUAAGCUUUUCUCUUACACAUCUGUAUAGUUCGCCUUGCUACUCUCUUAUCUUUUUCCUGUUCAUUCAAGAUCGCGUUGAUACUUCUCUCAUUUGUACACGCUCUGCUUUUUAUGUAGACAAGUUGUCGUUUCCUCAAGUCGCGUUCAGUCAAUAGCUCAGUCACUUAUACUCAUUCGUGGCUUUGAACUGUUGUCCCCCGGAAACCUUCAACGUGGUUCACCUUCUUAAGGAGAUUCCUCUUCAGUCAAAGCAGGGGCAAUGAUGCAACGGUAACUACGCUGUCUUGCUUAACUGCGGCUGUGGGAAAAAGGAAAGAAAAACUCUUUUCACAACAGACUCUCAAGGAGUCGCACUUGUGACAGCGUUACUGAGGAAAAAAGAAAGGUGUUUUCACUUCGGAGAAAAAUAUAAUUUAUUAUUUCUUUUCUCUAACUUCCUUAUUCUAAUUCUAACCCCGCACGCCGUUUAUUCUACGAUGCCAUAAAUGCGUCUUUUCGAACUUCGACAGAUAGCUUCAUUUGAGGGUAUGGAAAAUGCUCUGCGAAGUGAGAAAUUUUUCGUCCUCAUCUACUCUUGCCCGUUCUUCGGCGCUGGCCACGCGAAAUCACGGAGCACAAGCGAAACGCGUUGCUCAAAGUGGCGUCCGCGUGUACCUCGAGAGAGAACAGUUGUGGCCUCGAGCUCUCGUCUGAUUGAUCGCACGGAGCUCGUCGCGCGUAUGACACCCUUGGAAGCGCCGACUUCGACAACUCGAGCGUCGCCAGGCAAGCAGCGGCGUGGUGUCUCGGCUUCAACGCCAACCCGUACACUGCACAGUCUCCAUUAACUGGAGUCGCCAGUGACGCCAGCGUAUAUGUCUCACUUCUCUGGGUCAAUGCGACAGUGAGAAAGACGGACGCCCCUGCGGCAUUCUCGGUCACCGGUGAUGAUGUCACUGCAGAGUUGUUGUUCUUUUCUUUUCCGUCUGUCUGUCUUUCUUCAUGUUUCUCUCGUGGUGAGUCAUUUCGUGUAGCAUUGCUCAGUCCACGUGACAGCGACUCGAAAGUAAGCCUUUCGCGUGUCUGUCUGACCAUCUAGCGUUGUUUUCGUUGUGUCGUCGGUGUGUGCGUUCCACGUGCAGGUGAAAAGAAAAGAGAGAGGAAGCAGGAGGGACCAUGAAUGAAUCGUUGAAAACAAGCGUGACGCAGUUGCGAUUAUUAACACUUGGAGAGUGCUCGGUACUUUGUUAGGAGUCCGGAUGGCACUGCUUUUGUUACGAAAGAGUAGUUAUGACUUUCUGGAUGUGGUGAAAGUAAGUAACAAGAAUAAGCUGAAUGCUGAACUCUUUGCAUACGUAAGAUCGCAUUAUACUCUCUCACUUCGAAUAUAGAAUUCGAGUUUUCUGGGAGAUAAAGAGCUCAGUACUUAGCUUAGCAGUAGUUACGGAGCUCAGUAGCCGCCAGUCUCAACCGUUUCCAUGGCUACGAGACGCAUUAUUGUUUAAUUUAACCUGUCUUAGCUCCCGUUUUCUAGAUAACCUACAACAGUUUUCAGACGUUAGGGUAUCGCAAAACGCAUCAACGAUUUCCAAGAUGUUAUGAGUCAACAAACCGUACCGUACCGGUAUUCAAACACCUUAAACGGCGUUCACGGGUUCACACAGACACACGUAGCGCCUUUAGUAUCGGUACCAUUGGCUAAAUUCUCUAACCAGGAACUGUGUACGUCUUGAUGUAGCGGGCUGUUUUAGCGUCGAUCUCCAUAUCGACGGGAGAGCAGCAAAAUUCCCGAAUUGGUGCUUCAAGAAGAAAAUAUACGCACGAGAUACGCUGUAUGGCCUAGCGUACUAAGUUGAGUUACCAGGCCUAAAAGCACGCAGCCACCUCUUGUGUGACGGCCUGGCGAAACAGGGAUCGCCCUUCAGCAGCUCUCUAAUUCGUAUUCAUAUUCACAGAGUACUGGACACUGAUUUUUUUUAUAUACUGCUUUCCUAUACAUAGGUGCGGAGGCUGCAAUGCUUUAGAAAUUUAGGCGACUGUGACGCAUUGCUCAAACGAGUUGAAAACGCAGAAUCUUCUUUCAUGGUCCCUGGGAAGUGGCGAAUCUUUCGCGCCUGUUCAAGUGUACUGAUAAGACGAGUGAUAUCACUGCUUGUAUUACAGAGUGAGCAGUGUGACAGUGUUUAGUGAUAUCAUAUGUAGAUGUUACGAAAAUUUGUCAACUCUUCAUCGUCUUGCAGUGGGUGAUAGGUUGUUUUGUAGAGAUUGUAUACAUUGUUUGGUAGAGAUAUACUUAUGGCUUGCAUCAAAAUGCGACCUAUAGGUGAAGCCGGAAUACGAGCAGUACUGACUUGAACGUUUUCUGCUAAAGCGCACGCAAAAACGAUCGUAGUUGCGUGACGACGAAACAGAAAACGAGUAUUAAACCAAGCUCACAGUUAGGAAAAUAAAAAUAAAAGCUAAAGUAGGCACGUAUAGUUACGCUUGUCGUGCUUUGUGGUGCAGCAACCGCGUUGAAAUGAGGAUUACUUUUGUUGAGAGGUGAAAACCGCCAAGAAAAGCGUAGAAAGAAAAAAAAAGCUAUUCUUUUAAUUUCUUUGCAGUGACAUAUGUCAGCACAAAGUCUUUCCGCGUACUUCACGAGAAUUCAGUUAGGCAAGCACGCGAGUUUGUUCGCGCAAUGUUUACCCUAGUGCAAUUGCAAACACGGGCCAACAGUUUUUUUCAAACACGCAAUUUGGAAUCUGGGGCAAUAGGCUUUUUAUCGUGCUGUCAUCUUCAGAUCACUAAUUAUCAAUGUUCGCUCAUACGCUAUCAGUGAUGUUCUUUUCAAUUACCUGCGACUGAAAUAGCAGUGUUUUCUUUCCUUGUUUUGAACAGCCGCGCUUUUCCAGAGUCACUAUAACAGAAAAAAAAGAGGUAGUCGCAAUUCGUCAUAUUCUUCGUUCACCGCAAGGGACGUUUCCUGCACAACUGGCCGCAAUCUUCCUCAUAUUGACAUCACAACACCGCGCUAUAACUUUAUGCGCUCGCGGAGCGCUCGACGGAAAGUGGUGGCGAGCAUGGAACUGAGAGCGGAGCCCGUGCAGGCCUCCGCGCAAGACUACACAAAGGAGACUAUCCCCCGUUUUAUACGAACGUUCGAAUCUACUCCACGCAUCAGCCCGUCGACCCAGCGCCCCGCUUUAUACGACAUCCAAAUUCAGCAGCCAUGGCCGAUCAGGAAGCUUUCUCUCUGCAUUCGAGGUGUACACAGUUAGCUGCAUGUAUCUCGGCGACGCGCCGAUGAUUGUAGUGCGAAACUCUCUGCCGCGCACCCUCGCAGGAAAUGCCGAAUUCAUCUUAUACUCUGCAUUUCUCAGCCCAUUUGUCACGCGCCACAGAGUGAAAGCUAGUUCGAACUGGCCGCGGCAUUAGAUUACAAUGAGUAAUUGCGAGCAGCAAGCGACGACGCGAGUUCAUUUCGCCAGUGCUGCUCAGUUAGUUUCAUCGCCGACCAGGUCACCGCGUCCACCGCUGGCACUUGUGAAACGAGUCGGCGUUGCUUGUAGCUCUUGUCGUACGCGAAACGCCAAUAAAGCCCGGCGACAAAUGAAAUGGCGAUUCUCGUACGUCGCGCGUAUAGCGCCAUAAGCUGCCAGACACAUACAUCGCUGAAAGUAAACCACGAUCUCAGUGCGUACAAUAACGGAGCGACAGGAAGGAGAUAUCCUUGAAUACGGCGCGGAUCAGUCAUAGUUUAGACAAUCGUGGUGGGGCACUUUGUAAAGGUGUUACAUCACAUUUAUACACUGAGGGGACAGUCGCCACUCUCCUAUAUACAUACAAAGACAAUGGCCAGCGCGUGAUACAGACAUUAAUCACGCGCGUUGCCUCCCUGAUUUUCUUUAUCUUUUUUUUUUCUUGUUUAGAAGUACGUCUAGCGAACAUCCUUGGUGUAGCCAUUUAUAGGACGUCUCGUGUUCAGGUCAGACUAUCUGUGUGUACGCGCGAACUCGUCGCCGCUGUACGACAACAUUGCUCCAAUGCGAACGCGCCGUUAUAGUGUAGACCUUGGUGCGAGGGGAGGCUGCUGCGUAAGAACACACAGCAUUACGUGGUUAACUUUAUCGCCUCUUGUAGUGUCUGGUCGACUUAUCUUGCCUUCAGCAUGGGCUGUUGCAUGGCAAUUGGUAUGUUCCCAGCAUGUGCAGUUCUUAAACAGUGAAGGACCACGACGGUAUACCACUGAUACAGUAAACAUCGCGAAACAUGACUCGCUUAUAAAGUGGCAACUGAACGCGAAGCUGCGGGUAAAUGUACAGGAGAUGCAGAAUUCAGUCCGUUAAAUAAAUAAGAAAACUGCUCAAACGAGCAGUAAAUUUUCAAUGCCACAAAAUGCUACGAGGUUGGCCAGCACCGCCAUUCCAGAAACAUCGCGAAAGCCUUGCUUCGUAUUGCGCAGAUGGUGUCAACUUGCCUAAGCUACACCACGUCGAUUGAGAUGACGUGCACACGCUCGGUGUUCCGGUGUUUAGUUGCACAAAUAUAGCCAAUUAUGUCUUAUUCGCGUACACGCUAUCGGCUGGCUGCUGAAAGAUAGCGAGAGCGUUAACGCUUGGCUGCGCAGUGCUCGCUUCUAAUUUGGCAGUACAGCUUGUCACCGAUGUAGCAGCGCCGGCGGCAAAAACAUUCGUAACUUAUACGCCUCACGGGCGUGACAGUAAUGAGGUUACGAACGCUCUUCCGUCCUCGCUUCAUUAGGCGUGCAUUGUUGACUUCUUCGGAGAUGCAUACCUCCUCAAACUAUAUACAAUGUUUACGAUGGCAUUAUCCGAGUGCUGCAUAGCAUGAUGUCUCCAGUGUGCUACAGGACAAGUUCUAUUGACUGGCGUAGCCGUUGUACAAAAGGAAGGUGCGAGUUGAACGCAGCAUGUUUUCACACCCCUUUCACAAUGUCACGUUUUCACUGAUUUUUAUCUUCACAGGCGCAACGAGAAGUGACAAAGGGUAUAUGAUGUAUAAACUGCGCUGGUUUCCGGCUGAACGUCGUCGCUUUGAUUGUGUUCCCUUGUCAGGUUGCACGGUAUGUCACGCUGUCUUGUGGAGGAGAAGAAACUUUGCGGUUCAACAGUACGCGUGGUGUGUUUUCACAAACGAAUCUCACGGCCGGAACAAUGCAACAAUAUUACUUCAAUUCUGUUCGUUUUCAUAUUUGCACACUGGCCUGAGCGGCACCCUGCCAACCGUUAUCACAAUAAUCAGACACUAAGGAGCGGUAUAUAAUAACAAUGUAAUAGAAUGGGGAUAAAGAAAUGCUACAUUAUUCCGACCAAUCUUACUUUUGUUGGUGUUGGUUGUUGUUCCCAGUUAGACAAAGUGCAGCAGUAUCCAAUUUAACUAUUUUGGACGUUUAUUUAAUAUCAAAAUGAUUGCUCAGGUCUAGUUAAAAAAACCAGCGAAGUUCUCAUUGGUAUGGCGUUGGUUACCAUUGGUAUGGCAAGCUUCUACUUUUUUUUUUCAUUUCAAGGUAACAUACUGCAGAAAUUAAGGUUUUUUUCUUAGCGAGUAAUUUUCUCGACUUCAACGCGUUGCGUACUGUACCACGCAUAAUUGCAGCAAGCGUUGUUAUAUAUAUGAGAAGACAUAAUGCAAUGAACGUUACUCAGAAUCGAGCAAUACGGCUGGAGAAACAUGUAGCUGACUUUGGACAACUAUUAAAAAAAUGUUUUCAAUGAGACAAAUGUUACCUAGUAAUCACCAACUGCCAUACAGGUACAAGAAAGUUAUUGGCGCUGGUUUCUUAAACUCUUUCUGUCAAGAAAAGUCAGUUGAAAAAAAUUUAUUUCCUACAGAUGGUUCCAAACAGGCAGCGACUAGUUGUAACUGCUCCCUUUGUGAAGCUUACAGACGCAUUUGCGACGCAUUUUGUGGUCGACAUUGUCUGAAAUCCCCUUCGGCGAAAGAUCUGACCGCACUCGCUAUGGAAAGAAUUGAUUUACUUUUUCGCGAGAAAAUAAAGGAAGCUCUUGCAUUAGGUGUUAUCUAAUGCAAUCGCAACCUGAAAAUUGAUCAGUUAUAACAAUGCAAGUGAUCGAAGUGUCUGCAAGUCUCGAAGUGUCUGCAUUCCAACGUGGAAGUCCUGCAUAUAAACUGACCUUGUCACCGAGAAAAUUAUUAAGGCACAGUCCGCGUAAAGACGCAAAAGCAAGACAAAUACACAGGACGUUUCUAGCACCCCAAUGCACUGUUCGACUCUUGGCACCUCCUUUUACUCUAUCUGGUAUCAAUCACUGGUCACGUGAGGAAAAAUGAAAAGGCGUAUGGGAGGUGAUUUUUCUUAUCUAUACAGCUCCAGUGAUCACAUUAGGGGCGGGAGAGCGACGUCCGACGAGAAGCAGUGACGCACCUUUAUGACGUCACAGUGUCUCGCGGAGAACGGUAUUUUUUUUUUUUGUUUAGAUCGGGAGGAUUGUGUGUGUAUUGCAACACUCUUUUCGAGCGUUCUCUUUUUGUUCCAUUCCUAGCUGCUCGCGUGCCAAAGCCGUGUGUGAUGUUGUAUUUGCAAACGUGCUAAUAAUACUUGUAUGUUUCUAGUCACUCGAUUAGGUUUAUAUCGCAAGGAGACAAUAAAGUAUCGUCAACCGCAA